AUGUCCGACUUCAAGAGGAGAAAGCUUGAGGGUGGCAAGUCUGCCAUUGACGCUGCUCGCGAACGAAAAGCGCUCAAGAAAGCGAGUGCGCCGCUGAAGAAGUCACAUGCGAAGCCUGCACCAUCGAACAAGCCGACCGCAAAGCGACCGCCUCCACCUUCUCCACCGCAAUCACAGUCGGAAGAGGACGAGGAUGAGUUUGGAGGUUUCUCAGGCGAAGAGGAGGAGGAUGUGUCACGUGCCAAGAUGACCAAUGGCUCAACUGCAAAGGCAGACGCUGAAGCCGAGCAGUCGGAUGAGGAAGCAGAGGCACAAGCAGCUGCUGCUGUAGAAGCACCCAAGAAGACCUUCGCCGACCUUGGUGUGCGAGAAGAACUAUGCGACGCUUGCGAGAACCUGGGAUACAAGACAGCAACACCGAUUCAGACAGAAUCCAUACCACUUGCGCUCGCAGGAAAGGAUAUCAUUGGACUGGCAGAGACAGGUUCGGGAAAGACAGCAGCAUUCGUCCUGCCUAUAUUGCAGGCCCUACUCGACAAGCCGCAAGCAUACUUUGGUCUGAUCAUGGCACCCACGCGAGAACUGGCAUAUCAAAUCUCGCAACAAGUAGACGCGCUCGGUAGCAUCAUCAACGUCAAGUGCGCAACCCUCGUCGGAGGCAUGGACAUGGUUCCGCAGGCCAUCGCCCUCUCAAAGCGACCACACAUCAUCGUGGCCAGUCCCGGUCGUCUGCUCGACCAUCUAGAAAACACCAAGGGUUUCUCACUCAAGCACCUCAAGUACCUAGUCUUAGACGAAGCCGACCGCCUGCUCGACCUCGACUUCGGCGACAGUCUGGAUAAGAUCUUCAAAGUCCUGCCCCGAGACGACCGCCACACCUACCUCUUCUCCGCAACCAUGUCAUCUAAAGUCGAAUCUCUCCAACGAGCCGCCCUCAAGAACCCUGUGCGCGUCUCCAUCUCCUCCAGCAGCCACCAAGUUGUCUCCACCCUGCUCCAAAGCUACAUGCUCAUCCCGCACAAGUACAAAGACCUGUACCUUAUCCACCUCCUCAACGACAACAUUGGGCACGCUACAAUCCUCUUCACCCGCACCGUCAACGAAACUCAGCGCCUGGCAGUCCUACUGCGCACACUAGGCUUCCAAGCGCUCCCUCUGCAUGGGCAACUCUCUCAAUCCAACCGCCUCGGCGCCCUGAAUAAAUUCAAAGCGAAGGCCCGCGACAUCCUCGUGGCCACCGACGUCGCCGCGCGCGGUCUCGACAUCCCCUCCGUCGACCUCGUCGUCAACUUCGACCUGCCGCACGACUCGGAGACAUAUGUUCAUCGCGUGGGCCGCACGGCGCGCGCGGGCAAGAGCGGCAAGGCGGUGAGCUUUGUAACGCAGUACGAUUUGGAGAUUUUUCAGCGCAUCGAACAUGCGUUGGGGAAGCAGGUGCCUGAGGAGAAGGUUAGUAGGGAUGAGGUCAUGGUUUAUGCGGAGCGUGUGGGCGAAGCGCAGAGGGUGGCGGUGCGGGAGAUGAAGGAUUUGCAUGAUCAGAGGAAGAGUGGACGGGGCGGUAGGGGCGGGGGCAGAGGUGGUGGAAGGGGCGGGAGGGGGAGAGGUGGGAGGAGAGAUAAUAUGGAUAUGGAUGAGGGAUAG